AUGCGUCUCAACCCGGAAAAAUGCGUCUUUGAUGUCCGGGGAGGAAGGUUUCUUGGCUUCAUGAUCACCAGCAGAGGAAUCGAAGCCAAUCCCGAGAAGUGCGAGGCCAUCAUACACAUGCAAAGCCCACAAACGGUGAAGAAGGUGCAACGCCUGGCUGGGCGACUGGUCUCACUGUCCCGGUUUAUCCCCAAACUUGCGGAGAAGGCGGGACCAAUUUUCACCCUGUUAAAGAAACCAAAAGACUUCUCGUGGACUGACCAGUGUGAAGCAGUUUUCCAAAGCUUCAAAAAUUUCCUCACAACCCCACCAAUCUUGCAAAGGCCGGAUCACAACACCGACCUCCUUCUUUACCUGGCAGUAGCAGAAGGCGCCAUCAGCGCCGUCAUUGUACAAGAGCAUCAGAAGGCGCAAACCCCAAUCUACUUCAUCAGUCGGGUCCUCCAAGACGCAGAAAGAAGGUACCAAAUGGUUGAAAAGCUGGCAUUGGCACUGGUCACUACAGCCCGGCGACUCCGAAUGUACUUCCAAAGCCACCAGGUGGUAGUUAAAACCGACUACCCCAUCAAACAAAUCCUGCGAAAGCCUGAGCUUGCCGGACGCAUGAUUGCCUGGUCAAUAGAACUGUCAGAGUUUGAAAUCCGGUACGAAAGCCGCGGACCUCUAAAAGCCCAAUGUUUAGCCGACUUCGUAGCUGAGCUCACGCCGACCACCACAGAAGAACCCCGAGCAUGGACCCUCCAUGUAGACGGAUCCUCCAACUCUAAAGGAGGAGGUGCAGGCGUCAUCCUGGAAGGACCAAACCAAAUCACUGUGGAACAAUCCCUCCAGUUCGGGUUUAAAGCAACUAAUAACCAGGCAGAGUACGAAGCUCUCCUCGCCGGACUACGAUUAGCCCGGGACCUCGGGGCUCGAAGAGUAAGCUGCAACAGCGAUUCCAAACUCAUGGUAGAACAGCUCAGUGGAACCUACCAAGCAAAGGACGUCCUCCUACAGAGAUACUUUCAUACCGCAGCCCAACAGAUCUCGUCUUUCGAUGAUUUCUCCAUAAAACAUGUACCGCGAGAGCAGAACACCAGAGCAGACCUACUGUCAAAACUCGCCAGUACCAAAAAGCCCGGGCAACACCGAACCAUUAUCCAGGAAACCUUGCACUCACCCAACUUGGAUGAUAAAACUGUCAAUGUCAACGACAGCGAGGAGCUAGGAUGGAUGACAAACAUAUGGAACUACCUAAAAGAUGGCGCCCUGCCUACAGAUAAGGAUGAGGCAAGGAAGGUGAGAAUGCGAUCAGCAAAGUUCACCAUCAUCGACGGGGAGCUAUUCAAACGCGGGAUUUCCACCCCACUGCUCAAAUCUUUGACCAUGUCUCAAGCAGCCUAUGUUGUCAAGGAAAUUCAUCACGGGGUAUGCGGAAUGCCCUCCGGAGCUCGCUCGAUGGCAGCCAGGGUACUCCGAGCUGGAUACUACUGGCCCACCUUAAAGUCAAAUUGCCAGGACUACAUCCAGAAAUGCAAAGAGUGCCAGCAGUUUGGCAACGCGCAUCGACAGCCCCUCGAGGCUCUUCACCACAUGUUGGCAGCAUGGCCUUUCUCCCAGUGGGGAAUGGACAUCCUUGGGCCUUUCCCCCCCGCGAAGGGUCAGUUAAAGUUCCUCCUGGUGGCAAUCGACUACUUCACCAAGUGGAUCGAGGCGUGCCCACUUGCCAAGAUCACCACGGAAAACGUGCGAAAGUUCACAUGGAGAAACAUUGUUUGCAGAUUCAGAAUUCCCCACACCAUUAUCACUGACAACGGGCGGCAGUUCAUCGCAGAAGAAUUUGAAGUCUUCCUCCAAGAACUCGGAAUCAAGCACUUGCCGACCUCGGUGGAGCACCCCCAAACCAACGCCCAGGCCGAAGCAGCCAAUAAGGUCAUCCUCUGGGAACUCAAGAAACGGCUAGGGAACGCAAAAGGGGAGUGGCCCGACAUGCUUCCCAGCAUCCUCUGGGCAUACCACUGCCCCCCACAGUCAACCCCGCAAGACCCACCCUACAGACUAACUUAUGGAGCUGACGCAAUGAUCCCGGUAGACGUCGGACAAACAUCCCACCGACGCCACGUCUUCCACAAUGAACAAAAUAACCACGAGCUAGCAACGGACCUCGACCUGCUAGACAAACUCCGAGACGAAGCCCAAAUCCACGCAGAAGCAUGCAAACUCCGGGCCGCCUGGCGAUACAACUCCCGGGUGAAACCCCGGUCUUUUCGGGAAGGCGACCUGGUAUGGCAGCUACUCGGAGAAGCACGGAAGGACACGUCAUACGGGAAGCUCGCACCCACUUGGGGCGGCCCAUUCCGAGUCGUAGAAAACCUGGAAAACGGAGCCUACCGUCUAGAGGAGCUCAGUGGGAAGCCCAUUCCACGACCUGGAACGCUACCUACCUCAAAUUUUACUUCAGUAAAACUUUGUACAAAUAGACGGUGCACUCUUUUCCUACCUCAGACACACUAA